UUUAAAGGGGUUUGAGUUUGAAUCAUCAGAAUUGGGAUUGAAAAAAACCCAUAAGGCAUCAGUAAGAGUGAGUUGAAGACUGAAGUAUAAGGGAGUGAUUGUUUUGAUUGAACACAGGUUGAAAACAAAAGCCACAACAUGUUUCCAAACCAAGGUCUCUCAACUCCAUCGACGGCUAAUCCAAUGAAAGACUUUGAAGUAACAUCAGCGCCGGAUGAUUCCAUUUCUGCUCUGGCAUUCAGUCCUGCUACCUUAUCACAGAACUUUCUGGUUGCUGGCAGCUGGGAUAAUAAUGUACGUUGCUGGGAAGUGGAACAAACUGGAAAAACAAUUCCCAAGUCGAUGCAGACGAUGCAGGGUCCCAUACUGGAUGUUUGUUGGAGUGAUGAUGGAACCAAAGUUUUGAUGGCUUCAUGUGACAAGAUGGUCAAGUGCUGGGAUCUGGCCAGUAAUCAGACUGUACAAGUAGCAGCCCAUGAUGCACCCGUCAAGACUUGCCACUUUGUCAAGGGCCAAACAUACUCCUGCAUUAUGACAGGAUCAUGGGACAAAACACUCAAGUUUUGGGAUACUCGCAGUCCAAACCCAAUGUUGACAAUCCAGUUACCUGAACGUUGUUACUGUGCAGAUGUGGACUACCCAAUGGCAGUGGUAGGAACUGCUGGGCGAGGCCUUAUUGUCUACCAGUUAGAUGGAACACCUCGUGAGUACAAACGAGUUGAUUCUCCUCUCAAGUACCAGCAUCGUUGUGUCGCCAUCUUUAAAGACAAGAAGAAAGUACCCACAGGUUAUGCUCUGGGCAGUGUGGAGGGACGGGUGGCAAUACAGUAUGUCAACCCAACCAAUCCCAAGGAAAACUUCACCUUUAAAUGUCACAGGUCAAAUGGAGCUCAAGGAGGUUAUCAGGAUAUCUACGCUGUAAACGACAUAGCAUUCCACCCGGUUCAUGGGACUCUAGCCACUGUGGGCUCUGAUGGCACCUUCAGCUUCUGGGACAAAGAUGCUCGAACUAAACUGAAACCCUCUGAAACAAUGGAGCAGGCCAUCACCAAGUGUGCAUUUAAUCACAACGGCCAGAUAUUUGCCUAUUCAGUCAGUUACGACUGGUCUAAGGGUCACGAGUUCUAUAACCCCUCAAAGAAGAAUUACAUUUUCCUGAGAUCAUGCUACGAUGAGCUGAAGCCACGCACAUCAUCGUAAUAAUCUUAUAGUUCAGAUUUUUUGUCAUUGAUAUUUUGAUUUUUUUUUUUUUUUUUUUAUUCCAUUAAUUUGUUAAUAAAUAUAUAAAUAAUA